AUGGCAACGCCAAAUACUGAGAGAAAAAGUCCUUCGACGCAGCUAGUCGUCAUCUUCUUGCUGUGGAAGACCUUGCUGCAUGUCUUGACGACCUUUUGUCCCGGUCCUGGAUAUGACACAUCAGCGCUCAUACUCGUCGAACCCAGUGUCAAGAGGCACGUGAACUUCUCCGUCGCGUCUUGGUCCGAUCGACUCGCACUCAACUUGUUUCGUUGGGAUUCGCUAUACUUCAUCAAGGCUGCGGAGCGGGGUAAAUAUCACGAGCAGGAGUGGGCGUUCAGCUGGGCGUACUCAUGGCUCCUAGACUAUGUAGGACAGUGCACCGUUGACAUCCAAAUGGACCUCAAUGGCGGAUCCAAACCUGCGUUACGACAGUAUCUGAUGACUGGAAUCGUCGUCUCGAAUGUGUGCCAUCUGCUCUCGGUCCUUGCACUGUACCAACUUCUGACCAUCACGGUGGAUCCGCGGCGAAAGCAUCGGGUUGCCUUUAUUGGAGCAGUCUUACAUGUGAUGAACCCGGCUUCGUUAUUUCUCUCAUCACCCUAUGCGGAAGCUCCGUUUUCGCUGCUCAAUAUCACUGGCAUGCUUCUCUACACGCGAUCAAGAAUCCGAGCUCAAACCCAGCAGCCCAGUCUCCGUGAAGAUGCUUACAAGCUGGGCUCGGGCAUCUUCUUUGGCUUCGCUACAUUAAUGCGAGGCAAUGGCUUGCUGAGUGGCUUGAUACUCCUGUAUGACGUGGCUAGAUACUUACCCCGAGUCUUCUCAAUGCGACUGACCUUACAUGACAUGCGGAGAAUCGUCGUCACAUGUGUGGCAGGUAGCGUCGUUGCCCUGGGAUUCAUCUGGCCACAAUACCUCGCAUAUACUGAGUACUGCACUGGCGACCGCAGUGUUGGUAGUCCGCCUUGGUGCAAGAAGACAAUCCCGAGUAUCUAUUCAUGGGUACAAAGCCAUUACUGCGGAACGGUACUCUGCAGCCCCCUCAAGCCACUGUUGCAUGGGCGUCCUGUACCCCAACAUGGUGCGACUAGCGAUCCAAUAGAGACCUCAGCCACUGCGCACUACGUUCCUGAAUUAGCGCUCCCACAGUUUGUGCUCGCUGUGGCUGCUAUCGUCAGCUUCCAUGUACAGAUUGUCAACCGGUUGGCAUCCGGUUACCCGACAUGGUACCUGAUGGUGGCUACAUGGCUCGUUGAUGAUUCUGCAACAUCUGGUUGUUCUAAGCCCCAACGACAAAGUCGAUGGAUUGUCCGCGGUAUGAUAUCGUAUGCUAUAGCACAAGGCAUGCUGUUUGCCAACUUCCUGCCGCCAGCCUGA